AUGUCUUUCUACGGCACGCUCAUUGCCCUUGCAGUACCUGAACACUGGUGCCACGUUCCAGGAAGAGAAGGUACCAAUUCAACCAUAGAAAUGGGGAAGAAAGUGACAAUACCAAGGGAAGAAGAAGUGUACAGCAGUUGCGAGGUAAAGGUACCAAACCGAACGAAUGAAACAGCACCGUGUAUGUGCGGAUGGGAAUAUGACGACACUUGGUUUUCUGCAACUGCUGCUUCCCAGGAAGACUGGAUAUGCGAAAGAGAAAUGUAUCCUAACACCAUAUAUUCUGUCAGUCACUUUAUCUCCAUCGGUUUUGCUGUUCUGCUUUUCUACGUUGGUGACAGAUUUGGCCGGAGGAUACAGUUUUUUAUGAGCAUGGGCAUGAUGGCAGUAUCCCGAUCACUGCUAACUGUUUCAGCGUCAUUCUUCCCACUGUACAUCGCUCUCUCAGCGGUGGCAGAGAGUCCAGGCAUGCCUAGCUCAGAAUCAGCUAUAGCCAUCGGAAUCGAACUGACUGGCAUCAAACAUCGCUCGCUCGUCAACUUUUUGGCAUUUGCCUUUUACUGUUUGGGAACAAUUUCUAUAGCGCUAGCAGCAUGGUUGUUACGAAAUUGGAUUCAGUUUCUGUUGGUUUCAUCUGUCCCCUGCUUCAUUCCAUUGUUGCUACAUAGGUAUUUGCCAGAAUCUCCCAGAUGGCUGCUCGGUAAAGGGCGACCAGAGGAAGCUCUCAAGGUUCUGGAGAGUGUAGCAGCAACAAAUGGAAAGCCCCUGCCUUGUGACACGUGGAUGAGGCUUGCUUACCUGUCUGAGCAGAGGACUCCACGCAUGGACAUCAGAAGCAUCGUUACGAACAGGAACCUCUUUAAAAAAACGGUUUUGUUGCUUAUUAGCAGCUGA